AUGGCCACAACCUUCCCUCUAUUCCCACACUUACCCCCCGAACUGCGCCGGCUAAUCUGGAAAGAAUGUCUCCCGAAAACCCGCGUCUUCGACACCAUGCUUCCCUGCCUAGUGUACGAAUCCUCGCACUGUCGCGGGACAGGCUGGGCGUCGCGCGAAAGCUGGAGAUCGCCAGUUAUCACGCGGGUAUGUCGGGAAUCCCGCGCGGUAGCGCAUGAAACAGGCCGAGUGCUAUUCCGCGAAGACGACACUAAUGUCCCCGAUUACAUCGAGAGCAUGUGGUCGGAUGCGAGCACGGAUAUUGUGGCGCAGUAUUGGUGUCCGGGCCUGGAGGGGGUGAUAUUUUGGUCGUUGGAUGAUCCGGAUGUGUACAUGUUUCAUUGGGCCGGGAUGUAUGGGCGGGCGAUGAUUGCUGAGGCGCGGUUGCGGAGUGCGUUGCACUUGGUCAGUGGGACGUUUGACUGGACGAAUUUGGCGCGAUUGGAGGAGUGUUUUGUCUGUUUGGAGGAUCCGGUGAUGAUUCAUUUGAGCAGGAAGGAGUUGCUUCUUUCGGGCUUGUUUGGUCAUCUAGGGGAAGAAUAUAUUCAACCGGUUGAUCCGAUGGAUACGCAGACGUUGAAGAAGUUCCACCAGCUGGCGUUGACGUCUAGUCAACAAUUACCCGAGACGCUGGAUUUCUUUGAUCAAUUGCUCACGCCAACGUUCCAGAAAAGAAUCCAAAACUGGACUCGCGACACGAUGACCCGCUGGAUCUACCAGGAAUGGAACCACGCCAGCGAGGCCGAGUAUACGGCUAUCUCGCAUCCCGAGCGAGUCUGGCUGGGCCCACGAGAACCGGGCAAGGAUGGGAAUACGUUUAAUCCGCUUCGGCCGUGUUCGUACAAAUACGACACGUGCUUCAACAUGUCGAAUGAAGUGCAUUUCUCGUAUAACGAGAAACAUCCGUGGGUGAAGGAGAAACUGGCACGGGCACCGAGGUUUUAUCCGAGAAUCAUGAUUCGGCCGUGUAUCAAGCGGUGCUGGAUUCCAAGGACUCUGCCGCGACGGGGGAGGCCGAGAGGGCAUUAUCGAGCUGGAUGGAGAUGA